GGAGAAUGGGGAGGUAACUGUCGGUCAUCGGCUGUCGCCGUUGUGUUUGGGUUCGGCAAGCGCGCGGGGAAGUGUCACAUGAGGAAGAUCUGCCACUGACACUCCUCCUCUCUUGCACACAAGAGCCUGGGAUUGCGUUCUUUUCCGUUAAUCAAACUUUGAGCACCGGUGCUUGUCCCUUUACACAUUCCACAGCCUGCUGCUCUCGGUUCACUCGGUACACUUUUGGGGUUCUCCUCACUAUCCAAGUUCAAGUAGCCGGGAUAGCCGUCCUCUGAGCCUCACCAUGAAUCUCAAAGACAACAUCCAGUCAGUUGCUUUCUUCCCUCUACACCUGAUCAUAUGGUUAUACACACUCCUCACGUUUAUACCAUGGUACUUGAUCACUGGGGCCAGAAAAAAGCAAGCCGUGGCAAGACGGGUGAAGGCCAGGUCAAUGUCUGGCCUGGCUGAGGGACCGUACCGCUCGGUGGAUUGCUUUGGCUCCUUGGCCACCAUAGACUUCCCUGGGAAAGACACCCUGGACAAGCUGUUCGAGUUGGCCGUGCAGCGUUUUGGCACCGCCGACUGCCUGGGAACCCGGGAGCUGCUGAGCGAGGAGAACGAGGUUCAACCCAACGGCAAGAUCUUCAAGAAGCUCAUCUUGGGUCAGUACAAAUGGCUCAGCUACCAGGAGGUGGACGUGGCAGCGAAACACCUGGGCAGCGGGCUGGCGGCCCUCGGCCAGAAGCCCAGGAACACCAUCGCCAUCUUCUGUGAGACUCGGGCUGAGUGGAUGAUCAGUGCCCAGGCCUGCUUCAGGCACAACUUCCCAUUGGUGACUCUGUACGCAACCUUGGGAGAGGAUGCUGUGGCCUAUGGACUCAACGAAUGCGGAGUCACCCAUCUCAUCACCAGCGUGGAGCUGCUGGAAACCAGACUGAAGAACGUGUUGUCUGGGAUUCGGAACCUGAAGCACAUCAUCUACGUGGAUCCGAAGCGGUCGAGUUUGAGAGGCUACCCCGAGGGUCUGCGGAUCCACAGCAUGCACGAGGUUCAGGAGCUGGGGGCCAAACCGGAAAACUUGAAUGCAGAGGCGCAGCGGCCCUCGCCUUCGGACCUCGCGGUCGUCAUGUACACCAGCGGCUCCACUGACAAGCCCAAGGGCGUCCUGAUGAUGCACAGCAACCUCAUCGCGGGCAUGGCCGGCCAGUGUGCGAGGAUCCCAGGCCUGGGGCCGAAGGACACGUACAUCGGCUACCUCCCGCUGGCCCACGUCUUGGAGAUGACGGCAGAGAUCUCUUGUGUGACGUAUGGUUGCCGGAUCGGCUACUCCUCUCCUCAGACGCUCUCGGACCAGUCUACAAAGAUAAAGAAGGGAAGCAAAGGGGACUGCUCUGUGCUGAAGCCCACCCUGAUGGCAGCCGUGCCGGAGAUCAUGGACCGCAUCUACAAGAACGUCAUGAGCAAGGUCCAGGAGAUGGGCUACCUCCGGAGGACGCUCUUUCAGCUCGGCUACGACUACAAACUGGCGCAAGUGAAGAAGGGCUACGAUGCGCCGCUGUGCAAUCUGCUGCUGUUCAAGAAGGUGAGGGCACUGCUGGGGGGCAACGUCCGCAUGAUGCUCUCUGGGGGGGCCCCCCUGUCCUCUGCCACGCAGCGUUUCAUGAACGUGUGCUUCUGCUGCCCGGUGGGCCAGGGCUACGGGCUGACGGAGACGUGCGGCGCGGGCACCAUCACGGAGGUGGCAGACUACAGCACAGGGAGAGUUGGCGCACCCCUCGUCUGCUGCGAGAUCAAACUCCGGGAUCUGGCUGAUGGCAGCUACACCACAAAGGACCAACCCAAUCCCCGCGGGGAGAUCCUCAUCGGGGGUCCCAACGUCACCGUGGGCUACUAUCGGAGUGACGGUGAUAUCAACAAGGACUUCUUUGUAGAUGAGGAUGGCCAGCGCUGGUUCUGCACGGGGGAUGUGGGCGAGAUCCACCCAGAUGGAUGUCUCCAAAUUGUAGAUCGAAAGAAGGACCUUGUGAAGCUUCAAGCUGGAGAGUACGUCUCUCUGGGGAAGGUGGAGUCUGCUCUGAAGAGCUGUUCGCUCAUCGACAACAUCUGUGUCUACGCCAACAGUGACCAGAACUAUGUGAUCAGCUUUGUUGUUGCCAAUAAGAAGAAGCUGAUGGACCUUGCCAGUGACAAGGGAAUUCAAGGGAGCUGGGAGGAGAUCUGCAACCACCCCGCCAUCGAGACAGCAGUGCUGACAGAGAUCAGAGAGGUUGCCAAGUCAAAGAAACUGCAGCGCUUCGAGAUCCCAGUCAAAGUGCGUCUGAGUUCAGAACCCUGGACUCCGGAGACGGGCCUGGUCACUGAUGCCUAUAAACUGAAGAGGAAGGAGCUGAAGAACCACUACCUGCACGACAUAGAGAGAAUGUAUGGGAGAAAGUAGGGGCCCUGUGUACAUCUGAGUCAAAUACAACGUUAAAUGGAUGUUGUUUAGAUGCUUGUAUUGGUGACCCAUCCGGCCCCACAGUAGGGACCAUGCGGAAGCUUUGUAGUCGUAGCCUUGUAGAGUAAAAUACAGAGCUUAAAGUCUUGUGUCGGGGGACUGUACAUAAGCGUCCAAAAGGGUCUCUGUCAACAACAAUCACAAGCAUCCUUUGCAGAGAAAAAGCGCUAUUAGUUGAGUGAACACCCAUCCCAUUCUGUACACUGUAAACACUGCGCUUGUGCGUAACAUGAGGGAGGGAAGGGGGGAGGGGCGGAGUUACUGAUGAUGGAGGGGAAAAGCGGUCAAAUGUAGAGCAUCCCAGCCUCCUGGCUGCGGGAUGCUGUCGGUGGCGUGACGCACGCGUGCUGUGCCUUGUGUAAAAAGUGUCGAGCGCCGUCGCCGUGACACGACACCCCGUGGUCAGUAGGCGCAUUUCCGGAGCUGGUGCAAACGCUCAACUCGCAAGAAGCGAGUCAUAUUUUUAACGUCCCUAUUGUGUAAGUUGAAAAGCGCAGUAAUUUAGGUGGGUCCAUAGCAGGUACAGGUGUGUGUGGAUGUAUAUGAAAAGUAUGCUGUUGCCGGUCACGAGCCACACCUGCAUCGUGGGUAGAGUACCACACUCCUCCCGCACUUACUGUGGCGAAUGAUCAGUGUUUCGUUUGUGUUAUUCUUCCAGGUUCGCAUGCUUAAUAAUUACCUUUUCUACUUUAGUUUGUGUUGUACUUCAGUUUCUGAUUGCAAAUUCAUCUCUGCUGUGUGCCACAUUUGUUUGUUAGUUAUAUGUUCAGCUGAUGCUUUUCUAUGUUACCUACAAGUGUUCACUCAUUUUAUACAGCUUUUUUUUUUUUAUUAUUAUUGGAGGAAUUCAACCUUUAAUCAAGGGUACUAGAGCUUGAGGUGGGAAUUGAACCUGCAACCUUUGGGUCCAAAGGCACUAGGCUACCAGUUGUUUUAGUGUUAAUAAAAUUAAUGUUUUAUUGAUGUCAACCAAUUUUUCUCCCCACUGACUGCCCAGAAAUAACAAAUUCUGAGAAAUUCUGACUUUGAAUACAUCUUGUUCACCUUGGCGCAGUCAUUCUUUGCACAAGAAGUUACAGUGAUGGUGCAGUCACAAAGUUUAGAACGUGAAAGGCUGUUUAAACACUAGAAGUCAUGCCUGGUGUGUAUUUCUGUCACUAAUGGAAAAGCACAAAUCUGAAAGAGACAUUUUUUGCUGUUUGUCUUUCUAGGUGAACAUUAAAGGACAGAAGUUUAUUAAUCUGAUAAGGUAUUUCAGAAAUGUUUUAUUUAAUUCCAUCCUCGGCCAUAUCCGAUGCAUAACUGAGGCUCUGUGUGCCAUCUGACGCGUUUAGAAUCUUUUGACCAUGUGAUCGGUGCAGUUUGAAUGGAAAAAUUAAGAUGUUUUAUGAAGUUAUUAGUCUAGGACCCAGUAACUAGAAUGAAGUUGGUGGAAGUCUUUUGGAAGCACAUGAUGGAACAUUAAGGGCAUUUUGAACUUGCACAGCCCAAAUUGUGAGAGGUGUGGGGAGAAACGAGAACAGCAGCGCUCCAUUGUGCACUGUAGUAACAUUAAUACCUUUGUCACAGAUUUCACUGCUUUUUAAAAAGGGUCAGCAGAAGGGACCAGGAGUUAGGUCAGCUGCGAUACGGUGUCCAGUAGAGGCCAUGUAGCAGACUGAUGCUCCUGUUAGAAAGGAUGAAUAACGGUGCGGAGUGAUGCUGGAAAGAGUUGCCCCUCAACUGCUGCUCAUCAGGGGAGGGUUUUGCUCUCAAUCACCUUCAUUUGAAGAUCAUAUUGUAGCUCUUUCCCCAUUUGGUUUAUGUAUUUAUUUAAACAUGUUGACAGGCACAGCAGCUCAACAGCCUCGUUUGUGUCCAACGCAACGGUCCUUGCGUUUUCACUCGGAGGUGGUGUUUUGUUUCAUUAGUCCUCAGGGUUCAGAACGUGUGCCAAACGUUGUCAGUGGAGUUGUGGGAACAACAUCAUAGUUUGUUAUUCAAUCAUUUAAAUUGUCUUUGAAUAUUGUUAUUUAUUACAUUUUAUGGCUUUCAUGUAUUAUGAUAUUGCUAUACUGUACUCUUGGGUAUUGCACAUUCC